AUGGGCCUCGCGGCGGCGUCGGUGGUCGUGCUGGAGGUGCUCGCGGCGUGGAUCGCGCUGCAGUGCGUUUUGGAGAGAGUGGGGGAGCGGGUGUCCAGCGUCCGUCCGGUGGUGAAGGCCAUGAAGGUCGUGGAUGACUUCGCACUUGUGGCGGGGACAACGUUGUGCGCGCUAUUGGUUCUGCUGCCGUCGUUUGUCUUCGUGGUGCUUGAGGUCUUUCGCUAUGUGCAGGUGCGGAGUCGAGACCGGGAGGAGCGACCGGCGCAGAAUGUGAUGGAUCCCGGGAAGACGAUUACGGCGCAUAUGGAGCGUGUGGUGGGGAUUAUCGAUGAGUUGGAUGGUAUGGGCGAAAGGAUGAGGCAGGCUGCGAUGAGUCUGAAUCAUGGUGAGGUGGAAGUACCGAUGGUAAUGGAGAAGACGUAUGAGCCAGUGAGCGUGAGCGCACCCGAGGCGAAAGCGGCGAUACUUUCCCAAACUUGCGGCAAUGUCCUACUCGCUGUCUGCCGGCACAGCGAGACCAUGGAGAAGUUGUAUUCUGCAAUGCAACCGGAGGAAGUCGAUGAGCUCAUAUACUGCGACUGCGACGACUUCGAGAUCCGAGCCGAAAAAGUUAUUGGCCUGAUUCAAAUCCUGAAAGAAUGCAUGGAGCGUCAAACAGACCUUGUGAAAACAGUGGAUGAUUUAUAUCCAAUGAUUCCAAUUGCGCCUGCCAUCGUCAAUGGUCCGAACACCAAAUCCAUCGAGAAGCCGAUCGACAGUCCCAUGAUCCCAGCAGCUCGUGGUUGUAUCGAAGACGAAAUCGACGACGACAGCGGUUUUAUGGAUGAUUAG